GUAGCGGCGUAGCGUCGGUAGCGGGAGGACGGUCUCUAUAAAAGCCGUGCGCACCACGCUUGCCAGGUCAUACGUCGUAGUCAGAACAGAAAGGAAUUACCCGAGAGCUCUUCUACGAGAACGUUACGCGAGUGUUGCACGAGUUUGCAUCAGAAGGAAGUUUAGUGAAAGCGGAGAAAAGGAGGAAACCGCAAGAAGUGAUUCAGUGGUUGGCGAGAGCUCGGCUGUCAAACAACGUUAAAAAUUCAUUCGACGAACUUUAUCGAGUCCACGAAGAUUCCCACAUUCAGUGAAGUGUGCAAGAGAGGCUCAUUGAGGAUUAAAUCGCCAAACAGAAAGCAAGCAGAGAUACUGACCACCGAUAUGACUCGUUGCCAGGAACCACAGUCCUAUCACGCACAGACCACAAUGACCGAUAGCGGGAAAUCAUCGUGGUGCGAGGCGUCUCGCUGCUAUGGUACGUCUCAAACCAUCACAUGCGGCAUGCUGCCGACCCUUCGAGAGCUGGCCUCCAGAGGAUGCAACAGCCGGGGGAGUAUUUGCCUGGUGCCCUUCGACAUUGAGAUGGACGCGGCCAGUCACCUUCAGAUGACAUUACUCGAGGCUUAUUGCCGAGAGAUUGGGAUCGAAGUGUUAAGCGUAUCCCAGGAGACGAUACGAUUGCACUUGUGUCCAGGAAGCACGGAUCUGUCGUGCGUUCUAAUAAGCGGCGACAAGUCAUAUUUUCCAAAGCUGCCGAAGUGAAGUACAAAGACUCGUCCUUGAGAGCUGAAACUAAAGGACCAGAUUUCAUACCGGUCUUUCACAAGCCGAAGUAUUUUGCUGAGGUUCCUGUGUCAAGGGAGAUACUUCACGCAAAGGAUGAAGAACGGAGUUUUAACUCGGCAAGCAAUGUGUCCUGUGUGUCUCACCAGCGAGGUUGCUGAUAAUGGACAUUUUAUAUCGAAAUAUGUAUAAGCGAGAUAUAUUCGAUCGCUCUCGCUAUAUUUUAACUGUUUGAAAAUACUUUCUGUACUUUGAAUUCUCCUCGGUCUUCUUCCUCGAAAAUAUAAAUACUUAUUUCUAUUCGAAUGUAGAGUAUGAAAAGGGGAAAGAGGCAAAUGAGGAGAAACAGAUCUGUUAUUGUUAAAACAAAGAUUAUGGUCAAUCGAAUGGUGUUUCUUUUGGAAUCACUUACUCAAUGAUUGUAGGAUAUGAAAUAUUAAUUAGCGUAUGUAAUGCAUAUCUAUCAAUUGUAUACAUUUGUCGUGAAAACAAACUAAUCUUUGUUAUAUUUUAUGAACAUCGACGGUUGUGUCGAAGAACAAUGUAAAUGUAUAAUACAAUCAUUUGAUAAUAUUAGAUGAUAUAAAAAAAAUAUAAAGCUCUCUUUUAUUUCCUAUACCUAUCUUUUACAUCUUAUUCUAUCUCUAUACGAAAUCGAUAAUAUCUUACUCGCUUAAUUUAUU